AGGCGCGCUCAGACAAUCAGUGUGUGUCUGUGUGUGUGUAAGUGAGAGAGAGAGAGAGGUAGAAACAAGAGGAGAGAGGAGCUGGCUGGGAAACAACAGUUGAACAACAAAUCCAGUGUUGCAUGCAGCCUCUCCGGAUACCUCUGCUGUCUUUCUGCUGCCGGUCACUGAAGACCCUGAUGGAUUAAGGCAGUGGGGGAUGGAGCAGCCUGCCCAAGAAACCCUCCUACUACCUAAAGCUUGCUGAAUUUGAACCUACAGUGAGCUGACAGGAACAAAGCAGAGUCAAAGAUAAUCUCCUUUUGUGCAGCCUUGUGACAGAACAGACUCUGUAAGGAGGAGGAAGAAAAGCAACUACGUUACACGUUGGACAUCCCGUGAGGAUCAAGAGCCUCAGGGUGGCCUGAUCAUGAAACCUUCCAUCUCUGGGGGCUCCCCCUCUGGUCUUCUGCUGGUUCUAAUGUGCUGCCCCCUCCUGGGCUUGGUCCAUUCUGCCAGCAGCAGCAACAAGGCCAGCGAUAACGGACACGCACACCUGGGAGAUGCUGACCCAGACCGCUGCAUGAGGCAUCACUUUGUGGAGACCAUCACACACCCAAUUUAUAAAUGCAACUCCAAGAUGGUGUUGCUGGCGCGCUGCGAGGGCCACUGCAGCCACACAACCCGCUCCGACCCCCUCAUCUCAUUCAGCUCAGUGCUCAAACAGCCCUUCAAGAGCACCUGCUCCUGCUGCCGGCCGCACACCUCCAAGCUGAAGGCGGUGAGGCUGCGCUGCACUGGCGGGACUCGCAUUACGGCCACUUACAGAUACAUCCUCGCCUGCAACUGCGAGGAGUGCAGCUGAGCAGACAGCAGCACCCUCCCAGACCCUCAAGACUCUCAAGAGCCGGCAUUUUUCUUGGCCACAGACCUUCCUCUCAAGCUGUCCAAAGCAUUUUGGUUGAUUAUUGGAUCAGAAAACAGCCCCAGAGAUACUGGUUGUUAACUUGUGAGUGAUAGUUUGGAGCAGUCAGAUCAGCCUCACGUGGGCCUUAAAAUUGACCUACAGCCCUUGGGACUCAGACAGAACAUACUAUACCCUCUCUAUUAUGUGCAUUCAAUCAGUACAAACAAUGCAAAGCAUAUUUCUUCAGCUCACAAGGCCAGACACCACAAACUGCAGCUCCCAGGAGCCCGCUGGAGACCCUCCUCGCUGCAGAGACACACUGCACUCAUUAUAAGCCUCCGUAAUUCAUAACACACACGCUCAAGAACCACAGAAUGAGAGCUCAUUGCAAAUAUCUGUAACAGCCUUCUCCCAGCUCCAUAAAAAAAAGAAAAAAAGAAAAGAAGCGUUUGACGACUAAACAAAAUGCCUCGUUAAAAA